AUGCCGCACGUUAGCGCGGACCUGGAGCGAGAAUCUCACUUACUACACCGGCACGGGGUACCUUGGCGGUUCGAUCGUCGGCGGCGAGGAGGGGACGCUCGAUGGAUCAGGGCGGCCCAGGCCCGCGACUACAUGAAGUUGCGGGUGAACAGGGUUUUGAACUCCGGCGGGCACAGUGGUCGACUAUUGGGCAACACUAUGGGAGUUUUGCGUCUAAUGUUUACCGGGGUCAAGAGCAGCUUGAUUGCAGCGAUCGAUGUGGAUGAUUUUGCUAACACCGUAGCUGCUGGGCUAGGCACCGGGGCAAUUUAUCGAGCAGUCAGAGGGCCUAGAUUGACGGCGAUUGCUGGUGCUAUUUGA